AUGACUUCUGUAAAUAAAACGCCUUCACCAGCACCUGAAGGUGCUGAAUUGACUGGUCUUCAUUCAAACAACCAACAGACCGCAACUUCUAUCGGUAAUAGAUCGCUUAAAGGUCAUUACGGUCCCCAUCCUCAUCAGGAUCAUCCUUCCGCUUAUUUGGCAGCCAAGACAGGGUUCUCUUCACGAGCUGUACCAGCUAAUUUACGUUAUGAUCAAUCUAAUCAACAUUUUCGAAAUGGAAAUGACCAUUCUACUGUCUCUAACGGUCCAGAUUCGUCAAGGUUUCAAUAUGUUGCUGCCGGUGCCAAUCGAGCAACUGGACAUCACUCAGGUGCCGUGGAAAAUCCUACCGCUGAUUCUAGUACGAUAAAUACUUCAGUUUCUUACGGCUACCACCCUCAUCCUCAUGCCGGCAAAGCCGCUCAGUCUGCGCAUGUUCUCAAACCCACAGAUACGUCAGAAGGCAGACCUAAUGAAAAUGUUCAUGAAUAUGAGCAACAACGCAAGCCAUUGCAAUUUCCUGUCGGCCCAGUAUUCGCUGGUUCUGCUCAACAGCCUACUGGCUCCGAACCGCACUCUUCCAACGAACAUGAUGAAGAUUCUUCUCGCAAAGUUCGUCUUGCCUCUCAGCUAGCUAAGCAUUCUGCAACCUUCGCCCAUCAAGCCCCAGAACCGCAGUCGGCGGCUGAUUCUGCACUCCCUCAUCGUAUGGCAGCUUCUCAACUGGUUCAUAAUCUUUCAGUACAGGGCUCUUCUUCUUUAGAACCACAAGAGGCUUCUCAAGAAACUCCUUCUUCUGCAAAUGCUAACUCUCUGGCUGCUGCCUCUUAUGCCGCCGCCCAUGCGAGAUAUGAUGAAUCAUCACCUACUGCAGAUCAGCAGAAAUCACCCAACGAUAAUGAUAAAUACAAAAGAAUUCGCAAUAUGAAUUUUAUUUCCGCAUCCGGUGACAACGUUUUACGUGAUCAUACAGGACAAGAAGAUAAUGAUGAUGCUUUUGCUGGCUUCUCCAGAAGUGAUCUUUUGAAUAAUGCACAAGGUUACCAAGGUUCACGAGCUUCCACAUCAAUAAACACCAAGAAUGUAGGCAGUGAACGUCCAACGAAGCCAAUUUAUUAUACUCCCAGUUCUGCUGCAAUCAAUACUCAGCAUCAGCAAAAGCCAGAGGAAGGACCAUCAUAUGAUUUCAGUGCUGCAUCUGCUGCUCUUCGUCGUCAUCGUAGCAUGAAUGCAAAUACAUCCCGUAAUCAGACUUUUGAAAGCCAAGAGGAUGCAAGGGCUCGUGCUUUGAUCCGACAAAUGCGACUUCCAACGAGAAGCACGAUUUCAACAAAUAAUUUGAGACGUGAACCAAGUUAUUCAAAUAAUUUUGAACGAGAUCAAAUUCAGGAUGAAGCUGUUCAACGUGUUCGUGAUAUGAACUUGAAUCUUUCAAAAAUCCAGAACAGGACAGAUUCUCAAAUUCGUGCUUACCGUCCUAGAUCUUCUCAAAAUCUAGGUAAUCCCUAUGGUGCAACUGAUCAACCUCAUUUCUCUAAUAGGGAUGCAGAUAGUAAGUAUACACCCCAUAAUCAGAGAAGAUAUUCACAAGUCAAUCAAUUCUCUUAUGUUGAUGGUGAAUUCUCCUCGAAUGAUGACGGCUCAUAUGGUGUGAGUCCUGUAGAGACACGAGCAGCUGCCCAGCAAAGCAGUAGAGGACCUUUAGCUGCCACCUACUCCGUUCCUGGGCGGGCAAGUAUUGCUUCGAAUGAUGGAGACGUCGAAAACUUACAUAAGAGACUUUCUAGAGCUUAUAUUGAUCAUGAACGUGAAGAAACUUAUGCCAUUGAUCUUGGCGCCGGCCGUCUAAUAUCUCCGGAAGAGUUGGAGGCAAUUGCGAGACGUAAUGUGGAUCCUAUGGUUUCUGAGCUAGCUGAACGUGCUGCGCAGGAAAAUCAGAGAAAACAGCAGGCAAUUGAGGCCAAGGCUGCUAAAAAGCAAGCCAAAGAAGAAAAGAAACAACGAAAGAGAGAUGAAAAGAUGCGUAAGGCAGAAGAGAAACGCCUCGCUAAAGAAAGAGCCAAAUUUGCUAAGCAGAUGUCUAAGGAUGCUGGAAAAACCGACAAAGUAGCCCCUGUUCCUAUAACAGAUCAUGAGCAAGACAGUACUACCUCUUCGGAAGUAUCUUAUGAUGAUCAAGAACAAACAGAUCAGUCAUUUGACCCUGCUGCCCAAGAAUAUUUAAUCCAACAAACUGACAUACUGAAUGCUACAAAGCAACAGGAAACGUAUCGUGGUGAUAGAGAAGCAGAGGAAGAUGAAUAUCAACCUAGAGGUGCGGAACUUUCUGGUGCAAACGACCAUAAUCUGGGUGUUCCUAGUCACUAUCUUCAUGAUGAAGAAAUUGGUGGAGCGUUAAGCGAAGGUGAAGGGAACGAAGUAGACGGUAUUGAGAGAUCCCGCUUUCCUACUGUCGACGGUAAUGGAAAGAGUUUACAGGAAACCAAUGAUACUAUUCCCAGGGCGUCUUCUCCUGGUCGAUACGCCGACCUGGAUCGUUACCCCGUUGUUCAAGAGACGGUGAUCUUACCUGAUGGUCAAGAAAGAUUAAUAAUCCCGAACAAUGAUGAAUCAGCUGGAACGAACGGCUACAAUCUUUCUGAAUAUAAAAGUGACAGUCCGCAAAAAGAUGAGGAUGAUGAGGAUGAUUUGGAUGAAAACGAUAAAAUAUUCAACAAAGCUUCACCAAAGUCUCCGGUUGCUUGGUUAAGAAAGAAGUUAAAAGAUCAAAAGGACAAAGCCGCUGUGAAGCGUAUGCUGGAGGAAGACUCUUUUAAGAAACAAUCUGAUGAUGAAAGGGUUUAUGGAAAUGACCUGCAAGGUGAUGGACCACCUGCUGCUAAUGGUUUCAUCAAGCAUGAACAACGACCCCAAGUAGUUGAAACUCACUAUGAGCCGGGUUUGGUUACAGAGAAGACAGGAGAAGAAGUGCCGGAUCUUGUGGAUGCACAGCCUCAUGUCAACAUCUCCUCAAUUCCUCGAAAAAACGAUAAUCUUGGAGAAGUACUGGAUGAAACGUAUGUCUCAAAGGUUGAUGCAAUUCCAGGCGGACUCGAGGACUUUGAGCCGAAGAAAGCAAAAGCAGUGAAUGGGAAUGGGCAACUGAUAAAUCACUUCCCUGAGCCGAGUAAAGACCCCAUUGGAGCCGCAUUUCAUGAAGACUUGUAA